AUGUCUGGUGUAGACAGGUUUCACAACCUGGUCACUGUUUUUGCUCUGCUGGAGAGUGGCGCUUGCCUCAAUGUUAACAAUUACAACAACGACACGCCUCUUAGUGGGGCAGCCAUGAAGGGCAACCUGGAGUGUGUGCGUGUGCUGCUAGAGUACGGUGCUCAAGUGCAUGACACCAGCCUAAAGGGCCAGACGCCUAUAUCCCCGCUGCUGUCUCGGGGUCUGGGAACGGAACAGGAGGAAAAGUCUCUGGAGCUGCUUUGCAAUGCUGCGGCGUUCGAGAUCUGCAAGGCAGAUGGCUCCUUGCCACGUGAGCUCAGUAAAGAUCCUCAGUUACUGGCAACUAGUCUGGUAGCUCAGCCACCUACGUUGCUCGCCUUUGCUCGCUGUGUCAGUAGCAUGGGAGUGCAUUACAUCCCCUCUGCUGUAAAACAGCUCCCUCCAGAGUCAGUUAAAGAAUAUGUGCUCCUCAGAGACUGA